ACAGGGGCGGCCGCACGCGCCCGCAGCCCGGCCGGGGCCCGCCCCUUCCUUAAAGCCGCAGCCCGGGUAGGAGCCGCAGUGGCGGCAGCAGCAGCGGCCAGUGCCAGGCGCCGUUGGCUGCAGCGCUUCGCCCCGGAGCGCUGACUGGAUGCGGCAGAGCCCCUCCCGCUACCCCCAGGCACCAAGCCCCGCCGGAGCCCGCGUCCCUCGCAGCGCAGCAGCCGGCGCCCAGGGCUGGCAGGAUGUUUGACAAGACGCGGCUGCCCUUCGUGUUCCUGGAUGUGGUCUGCGUGGUGCUGGCUGGCUUACCCCUGGGUGUUCUAAACUUGGCCAAAAUAAAGCCGUAUCAGAGAGGCUUUUUCUGUAAUGAUGACAGCAUCAAGUAUCCAUUCCAUGACAGUACCGUCACAUCCACUGUCCUCUAUGCAGUGGGGUUCACCCUGCCCAUUUUCUCUAUAAUCGUAGGAGAAGGCCUGUCUGUCUAUUAUAACUGUUUGCACUCGAAUUCGUUUGUCAGAAAUAACUACAUAGCCACUAUUUACAAAGCCAUUGGGACCUUCAUUUUUGGUGCGGCGGCUAGCCAAUCCCUGACGGACAUUGCCAAGUACUCCAUAGGUAGACUGCGACCCCACUUCCUGGCUAUAUGCCAACCAGAUUGGACACGAGUCAACUGCAGUCUAGGUUACAUUGAAAACUUCCCAUGUCAAGGAGACAAAGUACAAGUUAAUGAGGGAAGACUGUCAUUUUACUCUGGGCAUUCUUCAUUCUCUAUGUACUGCAUGCUGUUCCUAGCACUUUAUCUUCAGGCCAGAAUGAAAGGAGAUUGGGCAAGACUUGUACGUCCCACAGCGCAAUUUGGUCUCAUUGCCGCAUCUAUCUACGUGGGUCUCUCCCGUGUUUCUGAUUACAAACAUCACUGGAGUGAUGUGUUGACUGGACUCCUUCAGGGAGCGGUGGUAGCUGUGCUCAUCGUGGUGUACGUAUCAGAUUUUUUCAAAGUGAGGGGAUGUACGUUUAAACCCAAAGAAGAAGAUUCGCAUACAACUCUACAUGAGACACCAACAAAUGGAAAUCACUAUGGCAGUAAUCACCAACCCUGAAGAAUUGCUGAGCAUGAUCCUGUGAAGUCUCCUGCUUUCUAAAAGAA